ACACUCGUCACUGAAACCUAUCUAUUUAUUAUAUUGUAAAUUACAAUUUAUUCUAUUAUAUUUUAUGUCAUACUUUUACAAUUUACGCCAGCAAGCUGAGCAUGCCAAACAUUAAUAUUGUCAUACUUUUCAGCCACUAUUAUCUAAAACUCGAAACCAUUUCUCGUAGUAAGACGUGUCAUCAUUAUUGUCAAAGUACUGUUAGUAUUUGUUCUGUCAUCGGUCAAGUGCGAAAGAAAGUUAACUGUGAUUCCUGUUCUACAGGUAGGUCAAUGGUGUGAUCAUCACAUGUCUGUUGCGGCAUGCCACUGCCGGUGUCGGUACUCGGUAUUGAUGAUACUUUAUGACGUCGGCAGCUUCAGUUAAAUGAGUAAUUUGACCGUGGCGAUAGGUGUGACUUGUGGUUGUGAGGUGAGUGUGACUGUGAAUCGAGACGGCAGACGCAGUGAACGUUAGUAGUGCGCGACGUAACAGUUAGCUCCGAGAACCGUCUUAGUUUAAAUUUAAAUAUAAGUUAUACUUAACUGAGCAUCAACAAUGGCAAGGAGUAAAGUUGAAAAUGUGGGAAUACUCGCUAUGGAAGUAUAUUUCCCGUCUCAAUAUGUGGAUCAAAGUGAAUUAGAAAAGUUUGAUGGUGCUUCCGCCGGCAAAUACACAAUCGGAUUCGGCCAAACUAAAAUGGCUUUCUGCACAGACAGAGAAGACAUAAAUUCAAUUUGCCUCACAGUACUGCAUAGAUUCAUUGAGAAAAAUAACAUAAAUCUUCAUGACAUUGGCCGCUUGGAGGUUGGUACAGAGACCAUCAUUGAUAAAAGUAAAAGUGUUAAGACUUUCCUUAUGACACUCUUUGCUAAGGUAGGAGCAACAGAUAUUGAAGGCAUAGACACAACAAAUGCAUGCUAUGGUGGGACUGCUGCCCUUUUCAAUGCAAUUAAUUGGGUGGAAUCCUCUUCUUGGGAUGGAAGGAAAGCAAUUGUAAUAGCUGGUGAUAUAGCAGUAUAUGGUAAGGGUCCUGCAAGGCCUACUGGCGGCGCUGGAGCUGUGGCAAUGCUCAUUGGCCCUGAUGCUCCUCUUGUGUUUGACUGUGGAGUGAGAGCUUCGUACAUGUGUCAUGCAUAUGACUUCUAUAAGCCAGACUUAGCAUCAGAGUUUCCCUAUGUAGAUGGAAAGUUGUCUAUUCAGUGCUACCUCAGUGCACUAGAUAAUUGCUAUAAUUUAUUCUGUAAAAAAAUGAGAACAAUUGACCCAGAUUUUAAAGGCUUGUUAAGUAUGGAUGGAUUGCUGUUUCAUACCCCAUACUGUAAGUUAGUUCAAAAAUCUCUGGCAAGAGUUAGUUUUAAUGAUUUCUUGAACACUCCUGUAAAUGAGAGGGAGAAGCAGUUUCCUGGUUUAUCUCAGUUUAACAAGUGUGUUAGGGAAGAUACUUACUUUGACAGGGAUGUUGAAAAAGCAUUUAUGACGUACAGUAAGGAUUUGUUUGAAGAAAAGACAAAACCAUCCUUAUAUUUAGCGACAAAUAUUGGUAAUAUGUAUACUCCCUCAUUGUAUGGAGGUCUUGUAUCAUAUUUAGUUAGUAAAUCACCUGAUCAACUGAUUGGAAAGAAAUUUGGACUGUUCUCUUAUGGGUCUGGUCUAGCAUCAACAAUGUAUUCAAUAAAUAUAUGUAAAGAUAUGACUGUUGGUUCAAAGUUGGAGAAGCUAAUAAAUUCGCUUCAUGAGAAUAUGUCUUGGUUGGACAAGAGAACUUGUAUCAAACCACAGCAGUUUUCGGACCUAAUGCAAGUCAGAACUGAAAACUAUCAUACAGCUCCCUAUGUACCAUCAAGUCCAAUAGAACCUCUUUUCGAUGGUACAUAUUAUCUUGUUAAUAUUGAUGACCAAAGAAGGCGUUUUUAUGAUAGAAAAGUUUAGAUUAAAUUUUUAGUUUUAAUGAUAUUUAUUUACUUAGAUAGCUGUUAUAAAAAUGGCAUUAUUGUUGGUGGUAACAAAAACAUUUUUUAAUGUAUAUUUAUUUUAUAUUUUUGUUAAUAUCAACAAUACCCUUGUGCAUUGGUUGUAUUAGUCAAUUCAAUAGUUAGGUAUAUGAAAGGGAAAUUUGCAAUUCGGUAAUUUGAAUUAACUAUAGUUGUUUUUGCUAAAAUAUUUAACAUGGUGGAUGAUAUGAAGGAAGCAAAUUAAUUGUUAGUUUUGCUUUCUUUUAAUUAGUAUUACUUUUAAUUUCUUUUUAAUAAGGUGAAUGCAAUAAAAAUAUACACAUUUAUAUAUUUUAAUGUUUCAGUGUUUUCAUAUAGUGAUUGAAUGUAUGUGCAGCACGAAUCUUUUAGCUAACAUAUUUUUUUAUUCAUUUUAGCAACAAGGUAAAUGUGUCAUUUAUAAAUUUGGUUCAAAAAUUAAUACAUGUUAAAUUAGACAGUGUUAUAAUCAUAGAUAAUUUAUACAUGUAGAUAGUCUUGCUGUUAUACAACCAAUAAAAUAGGUUUAAUGCUUUACGCUCUUAUUCAUAAUAGUCUGCUAACUUAAAGCAUUGCUAAUUCUCACUCUGUCUUCUUCUAUUGACCUAAGUCAGAAUGAGAAAAAAUUCUCCUAAGCGACUGUUUAAAGUUAGCGGACCAUUAUGAAUAAGGGGGUAACUGUUUGUUACAAGCUAUGUCUUAAACUUGCAAUUUGUGUGACACAAUUGUUUUCAAUUUUUUCACAGCUGUCAUAGUCUAUCUAGAUGAAUAAAUGUUCUAAGAUUAUUAUAUUAUGUAACAUAUAUAACAUAGAAACUAAAGUAAUGUUAUUAACUUAAAUCAGAUAAUAAAUUACAAAUGAUUAUUAGCAUUACAAAAUUUGCAAGAUGUAAUUACAGAAGAAUAAUAUUAUGUCUCAAUGGAUGUAUUUAUUUUAGUCAUUAAUAAACAUGAUCGCCAAAUACUUUUGCAUUUAACAAUUUUUGUGCGAAAUGAAAAAUUAAAUUAUUAUUUAAUUUUCCUCAAUCAUUUUUAUGUCUAGCUUGGGUAGCUUUAAGGAGGCAUAUAUGGCACUUAUAACUCUAUUCUUAGGGUUAUAUAUGGCUCUAAACUGAUUUAAGUCAUGUUAUUUAAUGUUGAAUAAAAUAAUGGAAUUCAUCAUUUAAAAUAUUUCUGAUAAUUUUUUUAUUCAUACAUUUGCCCUAAAGGUGCUCACUCACUGAUAACAUUCACCUAUAAAUCACUCAUGGUCAAAAUAUUAAAAAUUGUAGAAAUACCAAUUGUGCUCUUGAAUGUCCGGUACUAAUCCACUGAUGUAGUAAUGUUGCAUUGAGGGUGACUGCUCCUGGUGAGGGAGUACCUUAAUAAAUGCUGCCCAAAACUAAUUAUGAAGUGAUUUUCCUCUGAUAUUGUCAUGGUUAUAUUAAUUUAUAAAUAUAUAUAUGUGAUUAUAGUAAAAA